AUGUGUAUUGAAGCAAUGCGUACGUCGCGCGCAUCCAGAGAGACGGCCAAAGUCCUGCAGGCCUUGUCACCCCCUGCGCGUCGCCAAACGCGCAGCACUUCUCAUUCAGCUUUGCUCAAGGGGUUUGCGUACAAUGCAGGCAAAACUGAAGCCGACCCGGACGACGGGGAAGACGACGGUUCUUCUCUCACCUCUGUUGAUACCGUCGACAUUGAAGACAUCUUAGAACCUUCUGCAAAACGACGUAAGACGAAAGCAAGCUCUGCUGCUAAGACUACCUCAAAUUCCACACGGAGAACGCCUGAAAAGAAAGUUGAGAAGCUCGUCAAGAAAGAAAACAGUCAACCGAAAGCCCGUCGAGUGCCUGCAAGGAAGGUCAAAAAUGAGGAUGGCUCCUUCACCGUGGAAGCUCCUUCAAACUGGGACGCCAUCUACUCAAUCGUCAAAAAGAUGCGCGAAGACAACCCGACUGCGCCCGUAGAUACGAUGGGCUGUGCAGAGCUGUACUGGCGGGCUUCUUCUCCGCGAGAUAGACGCUUUCAGACGCUGAUUGCUUUGAUGUUAUCUUCCCAGACUAAAGACACAGUUACCGCCGUGGCGAUGCAGCGUUUGCACACUGAGCUGGGCGAAGGCGGUGCUCCGGCUAUCAAGCUGGAAACAGAACAUGCGGAGUCAAUUGUCAAGCAGGAAGCGGAGAAUGGCGAGCCAGCUAUCAAACAGGAGGCGAAAGAUGGUGUACCACCAGCCAAUCCCUCCCACGAUAGCACACUGAACUUGGAAAACAUCCUGGCUGUCUCUCCAGAGCGUCUCAACUCACUCAUUGGCACUGUUGGCUUCCAUAACAACAAAACCAAGUAUAUCAAGAAAGCCGCCGAAAUCAUCCGCGACCAGUAUAAUUCCGACAUUCCUUCCACCCCCGCUGAACUCAUGAAGUUGCCUGGCGUCGGUCCAAAAAUGGCGUAUUUGUGUAUGAGUGCGGCUUGGGGAAAGCAUGAGGGCAUUGGAGUUGAUGUGCACGUCCAUCGUAUAACUAAUCUAUGGGGAUGGCACAAGACCAAAACGCCGGAAGAGACUCGCAUGUCGCUGGAAUCGUGGCUGCCAAAGGAUAAAUGGCACGAGAUUAACAAAUUAAGAUGUGGUGAUUGCGGUCUUGCAGGGACAAAGCUCUGCAAGAGUGAAAUUAAAGGCAUGGCUCCGAAAAACAACGGUCGAGGCUUGCCGAAGAAGGAGAUCGUUGUUGAAACCUUCUCAUUAACCGGAGAGCCAAAAAUAAAGGUUGAAGGGGAGUAGGUGCUUCCGGAAAAUCUGGAUGAGCAAGUAUUGCGGCAGUCCAUGAGAAUAUUUGAUUGUCUUCCACGGCCAUCAACUUCGUCCUUCUCGCACUACAACUUCACCCGCACCUCUCGUCGGCCACCUCUCUACCCAUCAGACCUGCCUUUCUUAGUUUACUUUUCUGCUUAAUCAUUGUUGUGGAGCUAUCUCUCAAAUCUUGUUCUUGAC